CCCUCCGAGGGUUAUUGUUCCCCCAUGGAUUCGAGGAAGGAAUCCCCAGAAUUGAAUCGGAACCUUUACGCGGCCGUUGAGCCGUACAGUUCGGGGUUCCUGAGGGUCUCGGAUCUCCACACGCUGUACUGGGAGCAGUCUGGGAAUCCAAGCGGAUAUCCUGUUGUGUUUCUUCACGGCGGACCAGGAGCUGGAACGUCACCCAGCAAUAGAAAAUUCUUUGACCCUGAAUUUUACAAGAUUAUUUUAUUUGAUCAGAGAGGUGCAGGAAAAAGUACCCCUCAUGCCUGCUUAGAGGAAAAUACAACAUGGGACCUAGUUAGUGACAUUGAAAAACUAAGGGAGCAUUUGAAUAUCCCAGAGUGGCAGGUGUUUGGUGGAUCAUGGGGAAGUACUCUGGCCCUUGCAUACAGCCAAUCACACCCUGACAAGGUCACUGGGAUUAUUCUUAGGGGCAUCUUUUUAUUGAGGAAGAAGGAAUUAGAUUGGUUUUAUGAAGGUGGUGCAGCAGCUAUAUAUCCAGAUGCUUGGGAACCCUUCCGAGAUUUCAUUCCUGAAGACGAAAGAUACAAUUUUAUUAAUGCAUACAGAAAGAGGCUGAAUUCCAGUGAUGCCAAUGUCAAGGUUAUGGCUGCAAAAAUUUGGACUACAUGGGAAUUGAUGACUGCACAUCUUAUUCAAAAUGAAGAAAAUAUCAAAAGAGGAGAGAGUGACAGUUUCUCUCUGGCUUUUGCUCGGAUCGAAAACCAUUACUUUUUCAACAAAGGAUUUCUCCCUUCAGACUCAUACCUGUUGGAUAAUGUUGAUAAGAUACGGCACAUUAAGACUGUUAUUGUGCAGGGAAGAUAUGAUAUGUGCUGCCCUAUGAUGUCUGCUUGGGAUCUUCAUAAAGCAUGGCCGGAGGCUGAGUUUAAGGUUGUACCAGAUGCUGGUCAUUCAGCUAAUGAAGCUGGAAUUGCUGCUGAGCUGGUUUGUGCCAAUGAAAAAUUCAAAAACAUACUGAAGACAGGUGAUGCUUCAUGCUGAGUUUCUGUUCCAUGAUCAUGGCUUUCAAGCAAAGGAGAUCAUACAUAAUCCAGUUAUUCUAUUUACGUGCAAUUUGUGCUGAUGGACAAUAAGUCUAGGUCAGUUUCUUUUACACUAUAAUAAUGUAUGCAUUAAAUUUUUGUCUGCUACAAAAAAAGUAAGGUCUCAAUGGUCCAUCAAGUUCUGUUGUUUGUGUAACAGUUUCUGAAUCAAUUAUCAAUGUUAUUCUAUAUUUUGAUUCCAUGUGA